UUCGAAACGAUGAGCAAGCUGGACAGAGUGCUGCUGACUCAAAGGAAGUUUAUUUACCACUAUAAGAACGUACGCUGGGCUCGUGGGAGGAACGAGACCUACCUCUGUUUUGUGGUCAAGAAACGCAACAGUCCCGACUCGCUCUCCUUCGACUUUGGACACCUGCGCAAUCGUUCUGGCUGCCAUGUGGAGCUUCUCUUCCUGAGCUACCUUGGUGUACUGUGCCCGGGUUUCUUGGGUUCCGGUGUGGAUGGUGUCAGGGUGGCAUAUGCCAUCACCUGGUUCUGUUCCUGGUCACCCUGUUCAAACUGUGCCCAUCGCCUUUCUCGCUUCAUGUCUCAGAUGCCCAACUUGCGGCUGCGCAUCUUCGUCUCACGACUCUACUUCUGUGACGAGGAGGACAGUCAAGAGAGAGAGGGACUCCGGUGCUUGCAAAGGGCAGGUGUCCAAGUGACCGUCAUGACCUAUAAAGAUUAUUUCUACUGUUGGCAAACCUUUGUGGCUCGUAAAGCGAAGGCUUUUAAGGCUUGGGAUGGCCUUCACCAGAACUCUAUCAGACUGUCCCGGAAACUACAGCGAAUCCUGAAACCGAGUGAGGAGUCUGAGGACCUGAGGGACGGCUUCGCUCUGCUGGGCCUGUGAACUGAGAACACAACUGUUUAC